UGGAGUCCACAUCUCUCUCCUAUCCUCUUCUUCCUCACGCACGCGGCGGAGCGGAGGAACGGCGCGACGGCCCGAGCCGGGAUGGCUCGGCGCGCUGCGGAAAAAGAGGCGGCGCUCCGCCAGGGUCUCACCGCCGGUGACGGCGAGGCGCGACGGACAGGUGCAUUGUGGCGGACAGAUGCGUGGCGGCAGCGGGCAGCUGCUAGUGCGGCUGCAGCGUCGGUGGUGCGGACUUGGCCGAGCUCUGCGCCGUGGCUGCGGUGGCGGCGUUGCAGAGCGGCUGCAGCAGCGGGUGGUGGUGGCGAGCGGCUCCAUCGCCAUUGUGAUUUGUGCAUUGCAUUUGAUCGAUUUGUUGCCGUUGAUUGGUUUCUUGUUGAUGUGUGUGCAGGUUUGAGCUGGAUCCAUGGCGACGGGUCUGUGGAGAACAGGACCUGCAGACCGCGGCCUGCGGCGGCGGCGACGGCGCCGUGGGGCUCAGCUUCGAGACGCACCACGGCGGCAGCGUGGCGCCUUCGCCGGAGUUCGCGGCGUGCGCGGCGAGCUCUUGCAGCGCGGAACUCAUGGUCUUGCUGGUCCUGCAGCGCGGCGAGCUCCUGGUGCGCCAUGACCGGCCGAGCCAUCACCACCGCCGUCGCUUCCCAACGCCGCAACCAGCCGAAGCCGCCGCCGCAGUUGAAGUUGGAUGGGGAUUUCAGAAUCCCAGAGAUGCAAUGACUUGCCUUUGUAAAGGCUUAUAAGCAUUGUCCCUCCAAUGGAAAGCAGUAUGCUCGCUAUUUUCAGUACUCCAGGUAUGCUUCUAAGUUUGAAUGCCUCCAACCUAUAAUCAUGUUCAUACAUAUGUUUCAAUGAGAUGGAACAUUAAUUUUGCGACACGAUUUGAAUUUUACCCGUAUGACUUUUUUUUUUUUUGCAUGAUAUGGAACUGUUGUUGUUGGAACCUAUAGUUACCAAGUAGUACAUCGUAUACAACAACUAGUUGAGUGAGACUCUUACCUGAACAUAAGUGAGAGGAUGAAGGUGAACAGGGGAGUUAUAUUAAGAAAGAUAACGGAAUAGGAUGAUGUGGUAUCCUUGAGGCCAUAGUAGUAGAGGCUCAUUGGCACAGAGUACCUGCAUAUUUUGGCAUGUCAGAAGAAAAACUAAAAAUAAUUUGUCUCAGGAAGUAAUAAAUAGCCAUCAAGAAAUUGGUUAUUGAGUAUAAUCAAAUUGAUGGUUUUUUAGUGUUUAUCCUUGCUUGGGUUGAUGUUAUUUCCCCUUCUCUAUCAAUAAAUAAGGCAAUGUCUUCAUCUUUGCCUUUUCUAUUUAUUUUAAAUAAAGGUGGCUCUAUAUGCAGUAGAGUCUUUCACCAAAUUGCUACUAUUAUCAGUAAAUAAAUAUCUUAUUAUUGGAGGCUAAGUUUUUAUUUAUCACAACAACUCUGAACAGACUAAUGGUCUAUAUUUGUAUCAUUGUUUUUGAAAAAAAAAUCUUUCAUCAAAGUUUAUGCUGUUAUCCUUCUAAGGAAGCUCUUAGCAGAUUUAUGAGUUCAUUUUUGUUGUUGAAGCACAUAUCUAGAGUUUGCAGCUUUGUGCAACAAAUCCUUCUAACAAAUUAUGUGCUUGUGUACUCCCUCUGUUUUAAAAUAUAGUAACAUUUGUAGUAAGGUAACUAUUUUAAGAAGGAGCGAAUACAACCAAAAUCAGAAGGUGUAUAGUCAAAACAUUUUAAUGUUAAUAAAUGUGUAAUUAUUUUCUUC